GAAAGACUUUCAAAUCCUUAGAGCACCUGAAGGAAUAAAAAGUAAAUUUUUUGAUAUUUUGGCAUCUGAAAUCUCUGGACUUCAUCACAUCCCGUAAAGUUGCCCAUGACAUCGUUUGGCGUCGCUGUAAGAUCAAUUUUCCGAUCAAGUUCAGCUCGCAACGCUGCAUCUCGGCUCGCCCUACAAUUCAGAGCUGCACCAUCGUCGUUUCGUGUCUCAUCAAGGGUUCCUCUCUCCAACUGCAUUUUCAAGUUUCCAGUUGAAUCGAGUUUCUGCUUGGAAUCGAUGCUGUCGUAUCACUCUGCCAUUGCUUUGGCUUUGAUGACUUCGAUGCUCACUGUUUCUCGCAGCAGCGCUGCUUGGUUCUCUGAAGGCCAAGAGAAGACUAGAUGAAGAUCAAGGCCCAAGAGGAAUUACUGGAUUUAUUUAUGAUUUUAAGCUUUUGAGCUAGGGUUAAUAUGCUUUUAAUUUCUAAGAAGUGAUUGAAGACGGCAUAAAUCGAGGGUUAAUAUUUAUUUUGUAGUUGCUCUCCAUUCUUUGAAGGCUUUCAGUUGAAUGCUUCUCUAUAAAGACAAAAUGUGUUCUCC